ACGCCUUCUACCCAGCAGAGGGAGGGGGAGCGAAGGGGGAUGGUGGAGCAGGGACCAUGGCUCCUGCCGCCGCUGCUGUGCAGCCGCCCGAGAUCCAGUUCGCGCAGAGAUUGGCUGCCAACGAGAAGCGGAGCCGGGACCGGGCGGUGAAGAAGCUGCGGGGCUACAUCAGCCUCAGGACCCAGAGCCCGGCGGGUGGCUUCAGCCAAGAAGAAUUAUUAAAAAUAUGGAAAGGACUAUUUUACUGUAUGUGGAUGCAGGAUAAACCUCUGCUACAGGAGGAACUAGCAAGUACUAUCUCCCAACUUAUUCAUGUCGUUCAGAAUAUAGAGGCUCAGCACCUGUUCAUUCAGACCUUUUGGCAAACCAUGAACCGUGAAUGGAAUGGGAUAGACAGAUUGCGCCUUGAUAAAUACUACAUGCUAAUCCGCAUGGUUUUGAGGCAAUCUUUCGAGGUACUGAAAAGAAAUGGAUGGGAUGAAAGUCUGAUUGAGCCAUUUCUGCAUCUGCUAAUGAAGGAAGUCAUACACCCAGAAAGUAAUGCUCCCAAUGGGAUAAAAUUCCAUUUUAUUGACAUCUAUCUGGAAGAACUGGCUAAAGCUGGAGCCAAGGAGCUCACAGCAGACCAGAAUCUCAAGUUUAUUGAACCAUUCUGCAAAAUUGCUGCCAAAUCUAAAGAUCGUCACCUGAUGCAGGCAGUAGCCCGGGGUAUCUUUGAAGCCAUUGUGGAUCAGUCCCCUUUUGCCAUUGAAGAUCUAAUGAAAGAAUUGAAAACAAGCUGCGAUGGCGAUGUUGAGCUGUCCGAGGGAGAUGAAGCUGAAAACAAGGAGCCACUAGUGACCAAAGACAAACGUUUAUCAAAAAAAUCUGCACUGGGCAUUGAAGUGCAAGAGGACCUUUCUGAAAAUGCUGAUGAAAACAUUGGUCCUGUUCUCCAGUUUAACUACAAAGCUGUUGCUGACAGACUCUUUGAAUUGGCCAGCAGAAAAAAUACACCUGCCUUUAACAGAAAACGUCUGUACAAAUUGGUCAAAAAGUUCCAGGACCUAGCAGAAGGAAUCUUCCCACAAGAUGAUUUCCCUGAAGAUGUUUCUACAGAUGAAGAUGACGAUACAUUCAGUAGGGGCAGGCGAAAGAAAAAAGUUGUCAAAUCCAUGGAGAAAGCCAAGCUGGAAAAAGAGAAAGAGAAGGAUGGAAAAGAGGCAUCAAGUACAGAGGAAGAUGAUGCAUCAGGACUCCAGAAGAAGAGGAAGAGGCGGAAGAAGAGGGACUGUCAAAUUGCAGACUCCAGCACAGCUGAUGGGAGAAGUGAAGAGGGGGUACCUGAUGCAGUUGGACCCAAAGAACCCAACAAGGGCAGAGCACCAGAAACUAGUAAAAGAAAAAGAAAAAACAAAUCUCUAGACAAAGAGGCAACUGAGACUGGAAUUGGCGUAACUGGCAGCGAAGGAGAUGGUGACAACUGUGCACAGGAUGCUCGGACUGACGUAAUGCAGACUAAAAGGAGACAACUCAAGAAAAAGAACACAAAACUGCAGAAGGUUCAUGUAAAACCUGUAUCUCAAAAUGGACCAGCUAAUGCCAAUGCCCUGUGGGAUGGCAGUGACUGUGCCACUGUAACUACUACCAAGAUGGUGAAAAAGAAACAGAAAAUGAGGACUGUCUUACUCAAUGGCUUAUCUGAACAGGCUGCUCUGCAGUCAGAACAGGAAAGCUUGCAGAAUAGCCUUACAGGAGAAGGGGACUCUGAAUCCACACUGCCCCAAAGAGUCAAAUUGAAGAAAAAACCUAAGUUGGGCAGUUUAGAUGGGCUCAGGGUCUCAAACCAGAAACCACCAUCCCUGAAAAAGAAGAGGAAGAUCAAGGAGGUGAUAAACUCUGUUGAAGUGAAGGGAGUUCUUGAGGCUGCAUGCAAGAAAAGCAAAAAGAGUGAGGUUGGUGGCACUCUCACUCCAUUAAAGAAAAAGAAGGCAAAGACAGGGGAUGACUUUGUGAAAUUUGAAAAAACAACUUUACCAAAGCCGGUGUUCUUCAGGAAAGCCAAAGGCAGCCUCUCUUCAACCAGAGCCUCCAUGCAGUUAAACAAGCUGCAAUGUUCCAGCUCCAAAAAAGUCACCUUUGGAUUGAAUAAGAACAUGACUGCAGAAUUUAAAAAGACAGACAAAAGUAUCUUAGUGAGCCCAGAAGGAGCCUCCCGGGUGGCUUUCAACCCCGAACAAAAGCCUCCCCAUGGGGUGCUGAAGUCACCUGGUACACCCACAGCAGAGCCCCAGAUGAAGAAAUCAUUUGUAACACCAGCUAAGAAGAGACCAACCGCUAUGGACUUCUUUUAA